UUACAACUGUGUCAGCAAGAGAUUCUCAAGAGUGAUAUUUCGAUCAAGAAUCUCAUCGAGAACAUCAAACAUUUAGAAGAUGCAACACAAAAACAAAUCAACGAUUUGAAUGGUGAAGUGAAACGACAAAUCAAUGAAAUCGCUAUUCAGAUUGAUUCAUUGCAGCGACUUUCGAAUAAAGUAGAGAGAUUUGUUGUGUUAUUUCUUACAGUCAAGUCAAGCAAAGAACGAGACGAGCUUCUCGCUCAAGUCAAAGAGCAUCGAAAAGAACGUUCUCGAGAUCAUUUAUUCAGUCGUCGUGAAGUUAACGAUGAAGAUAUAGAAUUACGUAACCGAAUGAAGAGAAGUGAAAACUUGAAGAAAGAAGCAAUCAAGACAACUGGCAGUCUGUCGGCACUGGUGUCUCGAAUGAACGAACAAGUGAAACUGUCCGAAGAGAGUACAACAAAUCUGAUUCAUUCAUCCGCUUUACUGCGUGAAACCGAAGGAGAGUACGCGUCUAUGGGCUCGCAUAUUCAGAGGAUGUCUGCGAAAUUGAAAGAAGUGAAUGAUGAACUAACGCAGUUACUCCGAGAAAAUAAAGCUGAAUCUGCGAAAAGAUUACUUCAGAAACAUGCCAAUCUUGUGUCCUAUAAGGAUGAUUCAGGACGUACAGCAGUGCAUUGGGCAUGCAGUGGCGGAUGUUUAGAGAUUGUUCAGUUCUGUGUUAGCGUACGAGAUGAGGAUGCAGUCUCAACUGAUGAUAUGGGUUGGACACCGUUGAUGAUCGCAUCUUCGGCGGGUCGAUUGGAAGUGGUUCGUUAUUUGGUGACGUUACCGAACAUCGACAUAGAUACGGCCAACAGCAACGGACAGACCGCUCUCCAUUACGCGGCCAGCAGAAAUCAUGCAGCCGUUCGUUUUGCUCGCUCACAUCUUAUCAUCUUUUGCCUUAUGCUCAUGAUUGUGGGUCUGAUCAUAGUUUCACUUCUUGUUGGUUCACCAAAGCUACGCAUUGAUAUCGCAGAUUCAUGUGGAUGUUCACCGCUUCAUUUGGCUAUUGAGGAGCACAGAGAGGAUGUCGCGAUAAAACUUGCUGACAGGGGUGCUAACCUGUAUUUGGAAAAUAAGGCGAAGCAACGUCCAAUUGAUUUAACGAAUUCUGCUGAAUUUGUUGGUAAACUCAAGAUGGCUGCGAAACGAUUCGAAGAAUCAACUUAA